AGGUCACCUCCAUGUCGGCGUUUGAUGGCAUGCUGCAGGAGGCUUGGCUAGCCUAUCACUUCCAGGCUGUGGGACCUGCUCCAAUCCAGCCAGUGGAAGAGAAGCGGGAGGCACAUAGCCUACCACUUUCGGAAGGACUUUUGGUUCUUGCAAGAGGAGUGGCUCCUGAGCGCGGGCGACCGGAAGAAGUCGGAGCUCAGCCACAACAAGAUUCCAAAGAAGAUCCUCCGAGCGAUGCAAGAGGCGUACGCAGCUCAAGGAGAAAAAAAGCGGCGUCGGCGAUGGUCUUGAGCAUUUUAUCGGCUCCAGGGCAGUUUGAGGAGUGGAGGAAAGGCUGCUGCAAACUUGUCUCGUGAUCUGUCAGCGUGUCAGCAAGAGGAAGGAUGGAAAGGCCAAGCUAAAGCCAAAUACAGGCACCAGUGCCCGGGUGCAGUCUAAAGUGCUUGGUUGAAGUUUCG